AUGGCACCAAGCCGGGGCCAGGAAAAGGAGACCGCGCCCAAACCACAUGAAGCAGAUCAGUCGCUGGGAUCCCGCACUCGCACAGAAUCUCCUGGCCCUUCAGCAAGAAAGGGCGGCAUGGUUGCGAGCUCCCAGCUGAGUAAGGAUCCGAAGGCAAAUGAUAAGAUCCCAAAGUUCCGCAUCGUGAUGUGCUGGAUGUUGUUUGGCUGCAGACUCGUCUGCCAAGCCAAUCGAAUUCUUUUCGGGGCGCUCCUACCAGCAAUUCGUCAGGACCUUGAGCUCUCUGACACGGAAGCUGGAAGCCUGCUGUCUGCGUUCGCGUCAGGUUACAUGCUGACGCAGAUCCUCGGGGGAACCUUGGCCGAUCGAAUUGGGGGCAAAUGGAUUCUACAGCUUGCAAUUUGCGCAGUCAGCAUGGGGUCCAUUGUGGCGCCCAUAGCACUGCAGCAGGGCUUCCGGGCAACAUACUGCACUUACUUUAUGAUGGGCUUUCUGGAGGGGCCAUCCUUUCCUGCCACCGGGUCGAUGCUCUCCAAAUGGAUCCCUGCUGAGGAACGCUCCACUGCCUCAUCCUUGGCCGACACGGGCGGAUCUGUUGGCGGGCUGCUAGCCCUCGGAGGUGGUCCUUUCUUGGCAUCCUUGUUGGGUUGGCAACUGACCUUCGCAGUCUAUGGAGUGCUUUCCAGUUGUUUCUGUAUUACAUGGCUCGGCAUCGCUUCCAGCUUGCCAACAUCGAGCUCCUUCAUAUCCGAAGUCGAGUUGCAGAUGCUCAUCAACGAGGGGGUGGUCAACAAGUCUCUGGCGAGCCAGAGCCAGCCUACCAAGGUUCAAGGAAUUUCCUGGCGCAUGUUCUUCUCGUCACCAGUCCUGGCUGUAUGCUAUGCCCAUGCGGUUUUCAAUUUCGGAAGGUACUUCCUCUAUGGAUGGAUUCCAACAUUUUACAGUCAGGUGCUGGGUGUGCCGGCGGCCACGGCUGCUUUCUGCAUGACGUCCCUCCAGGUUGCUGACGCGUUUGUGAAACUCGCAGUAGCUCCCCUCGCUGAUAGUCUCGUCAAAUCGGGAAGGCUGUCUAUCUUGGGGCUGCGCAGACUGUUGAGCUGCAGCGGCUUCGUCGGCUUCGGUGCCGCACUGGGGCUGUGUUCGUUGACAACUUCACCAGUUUUAGUCACUGCAGCGUUGGUCUUGGGCAAGAGUGCUGCUUCUUGCCACGCUGCGGGUUUCAAGACAAACUAUCUGGACAUUAGCCGAGCUCACACCGGAUCCAUCGCUGGAGUGGGAAACACCCUGGCAACAUUGUCCAGCACAGCUGCUCCACUAAUUGCAGGUACUGUGAUCCAGGCCAGAGGCUGGAGCUCUAUGUUUCUCAUUUGCUUAGCUGUGAAUCUGUCCGGAGCCGCUGUAUUCGGCAUCUUUUCUUCAGCACAGAAUCUGGACCCUGUGCUGAAGAAGGCUCGCCGGCCUGGGGUUGAAAAAUGA